AUGGGUACGCCCAACACGGGCUAUCAUCCAUCGCCCACAACAUGGACGGCUUCACAGCAACAGCCUGUGAUGGCGGAUCAUGACAUGUACGCGCCACAGCGGUCCGCACCGCUGCCACCACCCACGGAGGCACAGACACGUCUGACCAAAUCUGCUCGUGCUUCAGUCGACUUUGGCGCGACUCAGAAGCUUCAUACAAUGUCCUCUAUGUCUUCUCUUACCAAUGAGCCACGCAGCACGUUCGAUACGCCCAAGGGGAAACAGGCGUGGCCCCAAACGUCACCUUUCCAUCAGCGUUCGCAAAGUGUGGAUGCGGCGAUGGUGCCAGGCUCGUAUAUGAAUGAAACACAUAUGUAUCGCUCACCGUUGCUGAUGCAUCAUGAUGCAUCGCGUUCCAGGCUGACUCCAUCUCAAUCGUCCAGGUCCUUGCGUACCGCAGGCACGAGUCGUUUGUCGAUGGACUUGGGUCAUGAUUCGCCUCGCUCGCGUACGCGAGAUUCUGUGAGCAGUACACCACGCUCUUUCAAAAGUAUGAUCGAUGGAAUUGUACAUUCCAUGAGUGAUGCAUUUGUCGUUCCACCGAAGCGCCCGGAAAUCUCAGGACCGUACGAUCCUGUGCAUCUAACACACGUCGGUUUUAAUCCAGAGACAGGAGAGUUCACUGGCCUACCGAAAGAGUGGCAGUUGCUGCUACAGCGAUCAGGGAUCACAAAGCAGGAGCAGGAGCAGAACCCACAGGCGGUUAUGGAUAUUGUGGCGUUCUACCAGGACACGGCGCAAGAUAUGGCCUCGCCGGGCGGUGAGAACGAUCAUGUGUGGACCAAGUUCCAUGCGAACCUGGACGACUCGGGAGAGAGUGAGGACUGGGUCGAGCCGGGCACGGCGUUGACGACAACUGCGAGCGCAGCCCCGAUCCUUCUCCCGGAGUCUGUGCCACCGCCGGCACCACCGCCCAAAGCGUUGCCAGGUGUUCCUGCUGCCAGCUCUAGACCUGCAGCUUUGCCUAUGCCUGUACCUGUACCCGUAUCGGUGCCCGCACCUGGGCCUGUGGCGCCGAGUGGGCAAGAAGCAUCUACGUCGGCACAGUCUGCCGUCAUGCCAAGUUACCGCCCGCCUGAUUUGCUGCAGUCGGGCAAGGCAUCAACCACCGAGCCGCUGGUUGAAGACGUGGUGCCCCAAGCAUACACUUCCAACCCAGGUCCUGGAGCGGCAGAGCAUUUGGUUCGUACACAUUCCCAGAAUGCGACGCGUCUGGCGGCUGUGAAACAGGAUGCGCUUCGGCCGCCUAUGGGCUCGCCAGUGGUGACUCGACGGCGGACUAAGCGCUCGAAAGUCAAUGAUGCGGAAGUGCUAGAGCGACUUCGUGCUAUAUGUAUGCCGGGUGAUCCAUCAAAGAUGUUUUAUGACCUGCAUAAAAUUGGGCAGGGGGCGUCAGGCGGUGUAUUUACGGCACGAAGUAUUGGAUCUAACCAGCUUGUGGCGAUCAAACAAAUGGUGCUGGCGCAGCAGCCAAAGAAGGAUCUAAUUGUGAAUGAAAUUGAGGUCAUGCAGCAAUCCCGCCACCCCAAUAUUGUCAACUUCCUCAGUGCGUUUAUGACGAACGGUGAGUUGUGGGUCGUGAUGGAAUACAUGGAAGGUGGUCCCUUGACCGAUAUCGUGCUUCACAGUAUUCUCAGUGAAGGCCAGAUCGCUGCGAUUGCACGCGAAUGUCUGACAGGUUUACGGCAUUUGCAUGCUCAUGGUGUGAUUCACCGUGAUAUCAAGAGCGACAAUGUGCUGAUGAGCAUGCGAGGUGAAGUGAAGCUGACGGAUUUCGGUUUCUGUGCGCAGUUGGGUCCGACACAAACUAAGCGUGUGACUAUGGUCGGUACACCCUACUGGAUGGCGCCGGAAGUGGUGCUCCGCAAAGAGUACGGCGCUCGCGUCGAUAUUUGGAGCCUUGGUAUUCUGUGCAUUGAGAUGAUCGAGGGUGAGCCGCCCUAUCUUAAUGAGAACCCUCUGCGUGCGUUGUAUUUAAUCGCUACCAAUGGCACACCCAAGCUUCAGCAUCCAGAGAAGCUUUCAAGCCUCAUCAAGCAAUUUAUGGCGACCUGUCUCGAAGUCGAUGUAGACAAACGCCCUGACGCCGCAACACUGCUAGACCACCCCUUCCUGCAAACGGCCGACGAUCUCUCUACAUUGAUUCCCUAUAUCAAAGUCGCGCUGGAGCAGCGCCGCUUGAAAGACAAGGCAGACUCGUAA